CCUACUCGCCUGCUCCCACCAUGCCGCCGAUCGCACGAAACGAACGACCCUUCGAUGUCAUCCGUGAGGGUGCCACUGGCUUCACCGGCCAGUAUGUCGCCAAGCAUCUUGCCCUCAACGGCCCCGCGGGACUGAAAUGGGCCAUCGCCGGCAGAAGCGAGUCGAAGCUCAUUCAGGUCCGAAACAAGCUCAUCUCCUGGGCUGGAACCAAGGUCGAGAAUCUGCCGAUCAUCAUCGCUGAUUCGGGUGACUCUGCCAGUCUGGAUGCCAUGGUUGGCCAAACUCGGGUGGUCGCAUCGACUGUUGGGCCUUUUGCAAUCUAUGGCUUUCCGCUUGUGGAGUCGUGCAUCCGAAUGAAGACUGAUUAUGUCGACUCGACCGGCGAGACAGACUUUGUCAAAAAGGUCAAAGACCUGCACCAUCAGCAGGCCGUAGAGGCCGGCAUCAAGAUCGUCAGUCAGUGUGGCUUCGACUCGAUCCCCUCCGAUCUGGGUGCGCUGAUGAUCGCCGACCACCUUCGCACCGCCCACAAAGCCUCCACCACAUCGAUCCAGCUGGUCAACAAGGUGGCCAAAGGCGGUGUUUCCGGAGGAACCAUCGCCUCGGUGUGCAACAUGUUCUCCAAGCCCAUCAAGGAGCUUCGCGAGCUGCUCGAUCCCAGGAUCCUGAUCCAAGAUGAUUUGCCCGAGUCGAUCGCGCCAAAAUCCAAAUCCACCUUUGUCGAAUACGUCCCUGCUCUCAAGGCUUGGUGUAGCUACUACUUUAUGGAGGGCACCAAUAUCCCGAUUGUCCUUCGAUCGAUCGGACUCUUUGCAAAGCGCCACAUUGACCAGGCUGCCCAGGCGUCGUAUGGAAACAACGUUAUGUAUCAGGAAAUGAUGGUGGCGCCGCUCUCCGGAAACGUCAUCGCGGCCUUCAUCCUGUCGUUUGUCUUCAAGUUUGGGGCGGCGCUUUUGUUUUUGAUUCCGCCCUUGCGAACGUUGGUGCAGAGGCAGUUUCCAAGCGGAGCCGGGCCAACGGAGGAGCAGGUCGAGAAGGGAUACUGCCAUAUCGAGCUCCUUGGCGAGGGCAUAACGGACGAGGCCGCCAAGCCCGUCAAGGCUCGCGGAUCCAUCAAGACCGAGUUUGAUCCAGGAUACGGCGAAACUGGCAAGAUGGUUGCCGAAUCUGCCCUUUGCCUCGCCCUCGACCGGGGCAAGCUCGAGACGGCCGACCCGGCAGUCGUGGGACCGUUUGCGCCCUUCCGUGGAGGUGUUCUGACCCCUGCCACGGCCAUGGGCAUGGUCUUGGUGAACCGCCUUCGAAGGCAGAGGAUGGAAUUUGCGGUGUCGUCCGCAGACCAAGCCUGA